AUGGACGUCGGAUAUGAGAGUGGCAAGGUCCGAGCUCAGCUUCGACUCCCCCUCAAUUCAAGCAUUUGGCAACUUCAGACCUUGAGCAAUGAGCAAGGGCAUAUUCAACUGUAUCUCCAACAAACUCACUUGGUUGACCCAUCAAACCUCUAUAGUCAAACGACCAAGAAGUACCGAAGUUAUGUCCCGAUUGACAAGCAUGACAACCGCACCAAAUCCCCCUUGACACCAGGACUCAUUAAUCCGACAGGCGCGGGAUUGUUGUCGGGCACGGGGACAGUGGCUGGUUCGCGGCUUGUCAAACCUCGAUUACUGAAUGAACAGUAG